CGGUGCUUGCGUGCGUAGCGCUCUGCGGUGCCCGCGAGGGAGAGAACGCCGGAGUCGUCGUCGUCGUGCCGGCGGCUUGACGCGUGGGACGGCGUGCGCUCGGCUUGGAUCGUCCAGCAGUGAUCGGCGGCCGGAAAAGGAGGCGACGAAGGCCGCACGACGACGGAGUCCUCUCGAGUCGCAGGCCGCGUCUCGAAGCGCGCUAUCGGCGAGAGAGGAGAAGAGGUGAGCCGGUGGUAUACCUACUACCGACAGAGGGCGCCGGAAACCACGAUGCCUCGAGGCCCCGAUCCACUCUGUUCCCGAGGUGAAGCAGCGACGCAUCGACGGCGGGAGUAGCUGGCCGCCGUUUUCGUCGCAUCUAGUUCGUCUUCAAAAUCUGUGCCUUGGGCUCGUUUCGCGGUGUCGUCCACGCUCGUGCUCGUGCCGAAGCCUUCGAAGUGCCAACGUGUGGCGCGCAGCUGAUGCGACGCCACCUGCCGCCUGGGGAACGAACGAGGAAGUAACGGCGUGUCUUACUCGGCCCGACGCCUUCGCCUGCCAACAAACCUGACGCCCCCGCCUGUACGUUCGAAACUGCGACUCGCACGCAACUCGACGGCCGGAUUACUUGUGAAAAAGUGGCCGGUGCGACUAGUGGCGUAGACCUGUCUUUGUCUCUGUUUUUGGCUACGUGGGACGUUUUUUCUCCCCCCCCCCCAUGAUGCGAUGAUAUGCAAAUAGGAAAGCCCGCUGAACCUGUCUCCGAACGGCGCGCACGAUACGACGUAUAAGGAACGCACAGGGUAUACGAACGCUCGUGAAUGAAGAUCAUCUGCCGUUGCCGCUAAACCUGGCGGAAGAGCUGCGGCCGGCAAGCAACGCGAUAAGUUUUACGCUUACAUCGCACCCAAGAAGUCUCAACUGGAAGUUAAGAAGCGCGCAAGACUCGACGCUUAUCUUUUAAAGCGGUGUUUCUGGAUCGCUGUAAAUCGUGAUUCGUUGCUAUUCCCUGUUAUUUCCUGCUAUUCGCUGCUAUUUCUGUCCUCGAAGUUAGUUUAUCGUCGUUAUUGUUAUUGUGGUGCUGUUGACCAUAAGGUGGUGGUGCGUGUCGUGUGGAGUGCCUUCGACGUUCGCCCAUAGGGUCUUCGCCUUGCAGUGGAUACAUUACCUUCGGAUGUACCGUACUCUUUCCUGGCCCGCGACGUACUUCCUCAUCUAAGGUGCGUGAAUCAAAAGUGUGUUGCUGCUUUCGAAGUGUUCAUUUCGCGAAAACGAGGAGCCUCUCCCGAAAUCAGACAUGGCGACCGUCUACUAGGAACCCCCAACCCCGACGGAGAAAACUUGGAACUUCUCUCGGAGCACGAAGAGGAACACCAGGCGUGCUAUAGUGUGGUGUGGUAAGUGCUGUGAGCUGCCGCUUAGAGUCCGGAACUAUAGUUUGGUGUGUGCGUGUGUGUGUUUCGUGUUCGCGCCCCUUCCUCCUUGUGGCGUCCACGUGCCAGCGUUGAAAGACCGUGCUGCCAGUCAUCGGCGGAGGAUCGAUCGGCUCACCCGGAUUGUAGAGCCGUAUUAGCGGUGUGUUUCGUGGCCGCGCCUCGUCGCCUCAGGCCAGUGCCGAAGAACGCGCCCGAGAGGAGUCACCGGCCGGAAGAGGGUGGUUAGCGGAGGCGCUUUCAUCUCGCGCGAGCUGGAAGAAGUCUGGAGUGUCGUCUGGGCGCCUGUGCCCCGUCCGGCUGCCUAGCGGGACCCUCGCUAGCGGCGUCGGCCGUCGUGCGCGUGGCGGUUGGGUGCGGCGCUCGCGUGGCUGCUUGUGGCGACGGCGGCGGCGGCUCGUGGGGCCCCCAGCGCGGGCGAGGCCCCGAUGCGGACCGUAGGCCCGCCUGGGGCUCGUCUUCAGACUGCGGCGGUGGUGGUAGGGCGGGCGGAGGAGGAGGUGCCUGGCCGCGUCCCGCUCGGCUCCAGCAGCAGCCGAGGUCGGCGACCGGUGGUCGAGUGUUCAUGACGGCUGCAGACGCCGGUGGGUCCGGCGGAAGGACGACGGGCGACGCGCCAUUCGGAGCCAGCGCGGCGCGCGCCAUGGAUUUGGACUUGAGCAACCUGACGCUGGCCGAGCGCGACGCCAUCAUGCAGGUGCUGCAGCGGGACCAGGCGCUGCGCAAGAUGGAGGAGCGACGAAUACUGCACCUGAAGGCCGAACUGCAGCGCCUGCGCAAGCGGGGCGCCCUGCGCCCGGGCCUGGACCCGGCGCGCAGCUGCGCCCGAUGCCUGUCCGCGCUGGGGCGCAUCCUGAACCGGGGUGCACCGUGCCCUUCCUGCCGCAAGAAGGUGUGCCGCGACUGUCGUCUGCACGAGGUCGGCGUGCCCGAGGGCUCGGACCAGUGGCUCUGCGUCGUCUGUCACAAGCAGAUGGAGCUCAAGGCCACGUCCGGUCAAUGGAUGCAGGACCUCUGCCGGAGGUCUAGCCGGCGCCGCAAGUUGAACGGACCCCCCGUCGCAGACGAGCUGGGCCGCGCUCUCCAAUGCGUGCCGGCGCAGCAGCGGCCCGACCAUGCAGGCCGACCCGCUAUCGAACGCGCGACCUCUUCCCGUGCCGCCGCUGCCGCACCUGCGUCCGCGACCCACCAGCAACCGCAACAACAACAGAGCGCCCGAGGCCUCGGCAACCACAGCGGCCCGAAGACGACGCCGCCCAUGACCAGGACGACGCCGUCGGCGUCCCCUGACGCGCAACGCCCCCCGCUUGCGCGACUCCCCGGCGGCUACUCCUCCGCUCCUCGCCCGGACUCCCCGCAGUCCGCCGUCGGCCAGGACAGCCUGUCCUCGGACGUCUCGAGCGCCGCCGACUCGUCGGCCACGCCCUUCCCCGCGUCCUCGGCCACGACCAGCAAGCCGACGUCCGAAGGCACGCCGCCCUUGUCUUCGACCGCCUGCCCGUCGCCCCCGACGGGCGUCCGCUGGGCGCCGUUGCGGGGUCCCCUGAGGACCCCAAUCCGGAAGCUUCCCCGUCAGGGGUCAUCCCUGUCCUCUUCUAGCGACAGCGCGUCCGCCGAAGGCGGCGUCGGUGGCAGGCUGCUGCCUCACCACCAGCAGCCGCCGUUGUCGUCUUCGACCACGGCCGCCGACGACUCCCCGCCGCCCGUGCCCUUCCCCCGCACCAAGCGCCAGAGCCCGCAGCGCCAGCUGCCCCCGUCGCCCAUGCCGCAGGACAGCCCGUCGCCGCCGACCCAGAAGCAGCUGCUGGUGCCGGACUCGAAGAUUCCGCUGGCGCCGUCGCUGUCGGCGCCGGCGUCGCCGGCGUUCCGCGAUCGGUCCCGCAGCGCGCUCACGGUCACCUACAGCAGCCCUCCGAGCGUCCAGGACGGCCGAGGACAGACCCUGCCCGCGCGCAAGGCGACGGCGCCCGAGUUGACCGGUCUGGAGCGGGCCAAGGAGGUCGCCUUCCGCAGGGUGACCCUGGGCAGCGUUCGAAUGGAGAGCAGCAGCACCACGGAUGAUGACGACGCCGCCGACUGCUGCAGCGGCGAAGGCAGUGGCGGCGGCGGCGACUCUCUCGCUAAUAACGUCCUGCCCCCCUCUAACGAAUGCUCCCAGUUCCCAAUCCUUCCGCCCCCGCUUGUCUUUGACGACUUUCUCUUGUGCGAGCCGACCUGCGCCGGCGCCCAUGCAGCGACCGCGGCCAGCGCUAACACUCCCACGCUAGGCGAUGCCCUUUCCUUUUCCACUAACGUGCCGCCGAGCCCGCCCUGCUCGCCGCUCGCUCGGCGCCUGGACCAGCUGCGGAGGCGAUCGCUCCGGAUCCGCGACCUGCUCAAGGGCUGCGAGUCGGCUGCCGCAGGCGCGGCAGCGUCCUCGUCGGCGGCGUCCGACCAGUGGCCCUCGCGGCCCGCCAGCCAGAACAGCUACGACAGCCGGCUGUGGCCGCUGGACAGCGACUACCCGUCCGACUGCGAGGUGAAGCUGCGCGACCGCUCGCCCGACGACUACAAGCUGGUGUUCAUCAGCUCGUCCGAGGACGACUCCGAGGUGGAGGCGGCGUCUCGCCUCUGGCUCCUGCUGCGCUCUCGGCUCGCCGUGGGGCCCGAGGGCGCCGUGUACGUCGAGGACAGCUCGGACUGGGAGUUCCCCUCCGACGAAGAGGAGGACGGAGGAGGCAGCGGCGGUUCGGAGGAAGAAUUGGCGCCGGGCGAAGAACAAGAGCAGCGGGAGCGGCUAGGCGUCGCUGCUGCCUCCGCCGCGGGGCCGCAGGUGGUCGACCCCGGCCAAAGGUCGCCCGAGGAGGCGAGAAGCAGCGAGGAAGGCGAAAGCAGCGCCGCCGGCCCGAUGGGACGACGACGCGGCGGCAAACGGUCGGCUGCCGCCGGCGGCAGCGACGCCAGCGAUGAGGGAACCAGUUUGGCAUCGCACGGAGAAGCGGCGGCAGCAGCAGCCGCCGUUGCUAUUCUCGCCGGGCCGGACAAUCGUAAUGACGAGGACGACGCUAAUCUGCUGCUCGCCGCCGUGCGCGAUGCGGCGGCGGUCGGCGUAGGAGAACCGGGCCAAGAAGUCCUGCCGGCCGCUGCUCCACCUGUCGUUGACUCAGCGCCGGAAGUGGGAGAGGAGGCCACCAGCUCUGACGGCGGCGCCAUCGCGGGACCGUGGCGGUGGUGGCGGAGAGACGGCUCGCUCGCACGGGACGAUGCGAUCAUGGAGGGCCGCGUCCCUUUGAGCGCCCCGGAGGAGGCGCUCGGGCCCGGACGGGACGUCCCAGCCGAGGAUGACAGUUGUCGAGGCGAACGCGCGCCGAGCCCCGGCGACGACUGUGCGGACAAUGCACCUGUGUCGGCGGCCAACAUGGCCGACUUGGAGGAGAGCACCGGCGGCGGCGGCGGUGGUGGCGGCCAAGGUGUGCUCGGGGAAGUGGGACAGCUCGAGGAGAACGGCGCCCCCGCCAGGACUCCGCCGAUGAGCGCGGUCGGUGACGCCUGCGGCCCGCCUCCGCGCGACGCGCAGGCAGCGGGCAGCGCGGACUCCGUGUGUGUGGAAGUGCAGCAACAGGUGGUGGUGGUGCCCGCGUGUGUUUCGGAUCGCGAGCAACAGAAUACGGAUAACGCCGAGAAGGAUACCGCCGCCGGUGAGUGUGUUGCUCCUUCUGCUGCCGUUGUCGACGAAGCGGAACGGAAAUCGAGCGACCGCGAUACAAUCGACGGUGCUGCUGCACCCAACGACGACGCGAAAGUAGAGCCCGCAACGACUCCCGCGCGCGAACUGCGGGAAAGGGACAUUGAUCUCGAAGGCUUGGUUGUGUCCACGCUGGAAAAAUACUUCACCGAAUCGUUCGACUGUCACGAGACGCGUCCGCCGUCCGCGGAAGGAGCGGCGGGUUCUCCGAAGCGCGACGGUGACGUCGGCGAAUCUUCGCGGAGUGGUCAGUCUCCGACGGCAGGACCCACGUCGUGCGACACUAGCGAUGCGUCCUGCGACGAAGAGGAGGAGGAGGAGAACAUGUUCAGCGACGCGUCGACUUCGUCGGACGAUGCCAUGUACAUUUCUCCCAUGCCGCGCUUCAAUGCCAUGCAGUACGGCAAUCCGCUGUCAUACUCGCUUCAUACCAUACUCGAGGAGAGUUGUGAGGAGAGCGAAAAGAGUUCGAGGGCGACGACUCCCGUGACAAAGAAUCCGUCGUCCGAGUUAGAAAAAUACUUCAGCUUUGCCAUCGGGAAUGCGUCUCUCGAAGAGAUACACAAGAGGUGGUCAAUCGCUACAAGCGAAGACUUCAGUGAUUCAGUGUCCGAAACAUCUGGUGUUGAUGACGUCGAAGUGCUCGAAGAGGACCCCGAAGAGUUGGCAUCUUCGAGGUUAGAAAAAUAUUUCACUUCAGGACUGUUGGGAACUGGUAAAUUUCAUUAUCCUGAUGAUGCUGAGUUUACUGACGAAAGUGGAGGCGUUAGCAGUGAUGAUGAGGACAAAAGGGCAACUUCCAAACAAAAGAAGGCAGAAAAGGCAGCCGCAAGCUUAGCUUUUGAGGGUGGCGAUUCUUGUGAUACAAUCAAAAGAAAAAAGAAAGAUGAUGGUGAGGAAGCAGCAGACAUCAAAGUUGUCCUCGAAGAAGAAGGUUUUACAACUAUUAAGAGAAAAAAAGAGGAUGCGCUUGAAGUGCAGUCACAUGAUGCAGCCAAUAAUACCAGUGAUUGUAAUACAGUUAACGAGGAACAGCAACAUUCCCAAGACAUAUCAUUUGAAAACCUUGAUGUCACACUAACUGCUGAUGAAAGCACGAUCAUUCACAUGGAUUCCACCACUGAAGACGAUUCUCAUGACCCCGCUACCAAAGACGCUAACCUGCAGACAGAGGAUAAUCGAAUGUCUCUCACUCCUACUUCAGAAGCUAACACUGACAUGCAGCAGUCAUUGUCGGAUUCUGCAAACGAACUUACAUCUGGCAUUGAAAGUAUGUGCAACAGUUCAACCAGUGAAUUGACACAAAAUGAGGAUGUGAAGGAUUUAAAGAAAUCUGCUUUGGAGGAGGAUGCAGCGAGCAUUCAUAGCCGAUCUUCGUCCACCGAUUGCUAUUCUGAUGAAGAAGCUGCUUACAUUGUUAACAGAGUACUUGCCCACAUCUCCGGCACGAGUGAUGAGACUGAGAAAGUUGAUGAAAACAUCACACCUUGGAAAGCUCUCCUGGAGUCACAAAUCACGCGUUUGAUGCAGACGGUUUCUCCUGCCGCUCUCUCUGGGGAGAGCAGUUGCAGCAGUACCAUUGGUAGCAACAACAGUGACUAUGGCAGUGACACCUUGGAGUCUGGAACGUAUUCUUCCACUGAUGAAGAAGGGUCUCCCAAGCCUCGUCACCACAAGAAACCCGGACGGCGCUCGCCUAGUAAACAGCUUUCAGCUGCAGUGGAUGAUAAACUUGCAGAUAACCUGAGCGGUCACAGCAAUGAUUCGACUAUCUCCGAAGAGACCAUGUUCAUAUGUAGGCAGCUCAUGCAGUCCCUCAAGAUGCUAUCAGAUGAACAGUCGAACAAGGAUGAGAAGAGCAGUUGCCCCAUCAUCUCGGACCACAAUCAUAAUGACUACAUGAAGGCUCAGGAAUACAUUCAGUACCAAAUUGUUGCCUUGAUGCAUACAGUCGGUGGGAGCCGUAAUGCUUCUCCACUGCGCGAGAGGAGGUGUAAACCCUUGGCUCUGACUGGAGGCUCGAGUGAAUGCUCUGACGUGGACUCGCCCAACCUCUCUGAAAAGAAGAAGAUGGGAAAGAGCAAGACACCUUCGGAGUCCGGAUCUGAGACCAUCUCGACGAGCAUCAGCAUUCCGAGCUACGACUCGGAUCACACUGCCACAGAAUCGGAGAUGUCCAACGAGAUGGAUGAGCUUUACAACAUGCUGGAGUCCUCCGGGGCCACAUUGGCCGACAACAUUUCCCUCUCGAAGCUGUCGUGUUGUGAUGGUGAAGAACCAUCGGACCACUUCAUCUUGCCUCCUUUCAAGGUGCCCGUCCUCCGGUUACAGUCUGGCCAGGAGGUUCCUCUUAUUGCAGCCAAGGAAGCAGCAUCUAAUUUGGAAUUCCUGGAACCCAGCUGCAUUCUUCCAAAGCUGAGCACUGUCACCGUCGAGGAAAAGCUGGAACUGCCAGGAAUGUUCAGCAUAGCCAGUGGCACUGCAGCUAAGUGUGACAGUUCGUCAACCCUCACCACAGGCUCCGACAUCGAUUUCUGUGGCAGCGUCGAGACUGUGCUCGAAGUCUGUCCAAAGACAACUGGAAUGUCUCCGGAGCCGAGUGUGUCUCCUACCGAAACAUCAGCUGACAAAUCACGAUCGGAAUCAUCGCUCUAUAUUAAAGCUCGAAGAGGACUAGGCCAACGUAAAUUAGUGGUUACACGAAGUAGUGACAGCCUUGCACCUUACAAGAAAGCGGGCAGUUUAUCCUUACAGCUCUUCCAUUCCAAGGGUGCUUCCAAGUCUGAACAUUCCAUUUUGGACACGGCUGCCCACGAGGACAAAGAAGUGCCCUCGGAAGCAAGCCAGGGCGCAGAUGGCCUCGGAAAAAGGAUAAGUGGCAAGGAAAAGUCGUGCAGUGAAAACAACCUUUCACUUGCCACGUUCAGUGACAGCGAGCGGAGCACAUCCAAGUUUCUGGGCACAAAGUCCGUGGGGAACAUAGCAGACCUCGAGGGCAACCCGGGCAAAACGUUUCGCGACACUGGUUACUACUCCUUCAAAUCGUCCGAGGAAAGUGUCCUCAGCCUAGAUGAGCAGGGUAGCAGGCCACCGUCGGGAUGUUUGACGAAGCAGAAAUCAGUGCAGUCAUCGGAGACGAUUCCAGAAGUAGAGGAGGAGCCCGUGCGCCCAGCGCGGUCAUCACCCGGCACACCCACCAAGGGCAACUCAAACUCACUCAGUUCAGGCAGCAUCCCAGACUCUGUGUUUGUCACUAACAGCAGUAGUGACUGCAAGUCGAGCACACUUCCGUCUAGUCUACGCAGCAAAGUGAACCGGCCCAACCCCCACUCUUCAUCCAUGGUCCUUCGCCAGCGCCAUUUUUCGUCCACAUUUUUCUCCACCUCGGGUGUCCUGCGCAAGCUGACAGCCUUGAAAGCUGAUGACAGCAGUGGGUCACACCGGUCUUCUCCACGGGGUCGCCUAAGGGGCCGCUCACGGCACUCUUCCGGUGGCAGCGAUGACUCGAACCGUCUUCUGCCUACCAUUGCCAUUGUUGGAGCAGAGGAGAGCUCAUCAGUCAAAAGUAGUGCAGACAGCAUGGAUAGGGAUAGCAGCCACCGGGACGACGAACUUGAACGAAUCUACAGUCGCAGCCAGACGAGCCUGUCAUCUAUUGGCGUCAGCAUGCGCAGCGAGAGCAUGACAAGCGUGUACAGCGCAGCCGGUGGUGGUCGAUACGGGACAGUGGCUGUCACUGGUGAAGUGCUCUUUUCCAUCCUCUACAACUACAAGUCGGGACUGCUGGAGGUGCAUGUGCGAGAAUGCCGAAACCUGGCACCUGUGGACACCAAGCGCAACCGCUCAGACCCAUAUGUAAAAGUCUAUCUGCUACCCGAUAAGACCAAAAGUGGCAAGCGCAAGACCAAAGUGAAGAAGCACACUCUGAACCCUGUUUUUGAAGAGGUUCUCAAGUUUCGAGUGACCAUGAGCGAGCUACAAGCGCGCACGCUGUGGCUCUCGGUGUGGCACAGCGACAUGUUUGGCCGCAAUGACUUCCUCGGGGAAGUGAUGCUGCCUCUCACCUACGAGACUCUCGAGAAGACGGAAGUCCGCUGCUUCGCUCUCCAGGAAAGGUUUGAGUGCCCCGAGGUUCCGCUGAGCUACAAGGGAGACAUUCUGCUGGCGCUGAAGUACAUGCCACCGGACGUGACCAACCGCAGCAUCAAGCAGGGGCCCGUGCGCGGCUCCCUGCAUGUGCUGGUCAAGGAGGCACGCAACCUCACGGCCACGCGCUCCAACGGAACCUCGGACCCCUUUUGCAAAAGCUACCUGCUUCCCGACCGGACCAAAGGGAGCAAGCAGAAGACGCCCGUGGUGAAGAAGUGCUGCAACCCCAAGUGGAACCACACGUUUGUCUACCCAGACGUGUCCCUGGAUGAACUGAAGGACCGCUGCCUUGAGCUGACCAUCUGGGACUAUGACAAGAUCACGAGCAAUGACUUCCUGGGUGGUGUGCGGCUUGGCCUUGGCACAGGAAAGCUGUACGGACGUGACGUGGACUGGAUGGAUUCACAUGGCGAAGAGGUGAUCUUGUGGCGUUCCAUGUUGGAGAGGCCAAACCUCUGGAUCGACGGAUCACUGCUCCUGAGGCCAACGAUGCAAUCUAAGCGCUGAAGCCUCGGAACGAAUCGAGUCGAAAAAGAAAGGGACUUCACUCUUCAUCCAUUCCCGACAACACGCAUCUCUCCCAUACUACUAGUUUUCAGACAACAGCCUACUGCCAGAACUGUGAGUGAAGCACAACAGAGACAGUGCGUUUUCCAGCAAGAGUACUCGGCGCAGUGUUCUCCUGUCUGUCGAGAAGCCACCGCCACCAGACGGUGACUGGUUCAGUGCGAGACGGUCACAGUCGACGGUUCUCCGAAUCUGCGACGACCUUGAAAAAGCCAAAGCUGCCGCCAAUGUACAUAGAGGCGAGAACUCUCUGCUCAAAAAUGCAACACCUUUGUACAUCUAGAUGCAAGUGCUCCGUACAAUGUGCACGCACACACACACACACACACAAAAUGCGCGCGACUCUCUCUGUCUCGAUUGACAUAUCAGAUGCGACUGCAUUUAAGUUGCUGUUAACAGAUACAUUUUAUAUUACAUAUAUAGAUAUAUAUAUAUAUAUAACUGUUUGGAAAGGCUCCAUUUACGCUACGUUGAAGAGUCUGUAAAUAGCCACUGUCAAGCUUGUUGGUUUAACGCUUGCUCUAUACUAUAGUUGUUUGCUGUUUCAUACCGUUUUUGACCGAGUCAUGUGUCAUGUUGUGACUUGCCGCUGAAUGCCAUCAUAUUGUUGUGGGCUGCUAUUAAAGUGUCCUCCUUUUUUUUUUCCUUCCCAUUUCUCCCGUUAAGCUUGCUUAUUUUGUGAAUCUCUGUUGUUCAUAAAUAAGCUUCAAACACAUUUGCACUCCGCUGGUCCAUCUGAAGACUCUCUAUGAAAGGCUGGUGUAAAUGGGUGUUGUUUCGAUAUUUAUUUUUAUAAACAUGUCACAUAUAUAUAUAUAUACACAUAUAUAUAUAUAUGCUAUAGUUUAAAGGAAAGACAAUAACAGCUCUUUUCUUCACGCAUGCCUUCGAAACAACUCACUUGCUACAUUCCUCCAGCAUUAAUGGAGUCACCGGAUUUGUUGCUUCAUCUGUUGUUAGACAAUUUCCUCCUGUGACCGUGUGUCUUGGCAAUGAUGAGCACUAUUUCUUUUUGUAAUUUUAUUUUUCGAAAGUGUACAUAACAGCAUGUGAUGGAUAGGCCUGUGUCAUGUUUACAGAUACAAUACACAGACUGCCUGCGUGUUGCAGGCAUUGGUGGCUGAGCCACCAGUCAUAUCUCAGUCUGCGUACGCUCGGCAGCACCUGCUAGCAUGUGUAUUUGGAAAUGUGACACGGAUCUAUAAAAGAAAGACUUUUUACUGUAUCUUGGGGGAACUAGGGGUAACAGUGUGUUGUUGCUCACAAGUAUCUGCUGAUGCACAAAACGAACACAGUCUACGCUGUGCGUGUGUGUGACUCGAGCUUGUGUUGUAUCAUUUUUUGGAAACACCCAAAGUGUGUCUGUCACGUGCACUCUGCCUACAGUUCUGCUUUUUUUUUUCCCCUCUCUCUCUACUUUUGAGAUGAUCUUAUUUUAAUAAAAAUUACCAUGCAAAAGUUU